UGCUUUGGAAGCGAUGUCAAUUUCAAGCCGUCUUGAGAUGUUAGACGUGCUGCUGAAAUGUAACUAUCCAGUUGUUUCUAGUACCGUGAUUGCCGAAAAAGACUACAAGGUUGAGACCAUUAGUGCAGUUAAAGCGGUUGCUCAUAUUUUAGGAAUUAAGGACAUGAAAACCAUAAGUCAAUUUACAACAUUUCCAGAACUCGGUAUGGAUUCGAUGGUGGGAACCGAGAUUAUUAAACUUUUAGAGAAAGAUUUUCAAAUCUUCGUAACUUCUAAUGAUGUGAGGAAUCUAACCUUUGCGAAACUGGUUGAAAUGGAAGAAAAAAAUGUAAAUAAAGUUAAAGAAUCAGCUGAACAGAAGCCAGAAGAUAUUGGGUCUAAAUAAAGAAGUCCCAAGCGAGUUAGUUAGUUAAUUU